AUGUCUCUAAAACUCAAGAAAUUAGAAUUGCCUGCUCACAAUAGAAUCAGUUUCAUUGAAGAGACUUUUGGAUGCACACCUGCCCUAGUCAUAAACGUUAUCCAGCCGAUUGGAGGAGGCUUCAAGAAACACCGCAGUGUUUUCGAACCGAGGGAGAGAGAGAGAGAGAGUUACAUCUCCCUUUUUUUACCUGCACGUUGCCUUCUCAUCCCAGUCUUUCCCUUCAACAUUCACGGAGGCAUAAUUCAUCAUGAUGUCGGAAUUACUUCUUCUGGCAUAGCAGAGGAAGAAGUAGUGGUCGGACGUUGUUGUCAUGUGACUGGUAGAAAGAGAAGGGAAAUCGAAAAAAAGGAGGGACUGGACACGGUCCUUCUGCUGUCACUGCUACUGCACACCUACAGUACGACUACUUAUGCCACUACUGCUACUACUACUGUAGCGGCUGUUACACAUCGCUUUCUGAUUUGGAGUCCCCGCCCAACCCAACCUUCAAGUCAGGAAUGA